GGAAUGGUUUGUUUUGGUUGAGAAGUUUUUAAAAGCUGUUUUAAAAGUUACUUUUAAGUGCUUUACACUGGGCCAUGUGGAUUUUAAAACUUCACAUUUGUAUAAGAGAAGACAUUUUCUUGCUUACAAAGCUUACAGUUGAAACGCAUGGACGUGAUUUAUAAGAGAAUUAUGAUGAAUUAAUCAAACCAUAAAAUUUUUGAAUUUUUUUUGAUUGCCACGAAAUUAAAACGAAACUAAUAAAUAUUUUAUCAUGAAACUAACUUCCUGACAAUCUUUGAUUCACAGAAUCAUGCGACCAAGUGAUACUUAUCUGGAUGAUAAAUUAUAUCAAUUGAGGCCCACUCAAGGAAUAUAUCAAUACCAGGGGCGUAUUACUCCAUGUAUACAAGUACUCAUCACUUAAGACACAGACUGCGGGAUAUACUUUGUUUCUAAUUUUGAUUCAAAGACAAGGACAUGGUUUUACUCUAUUAAUGGACUGACUACUCUAUUAAUAUAUAUAAUAGAGUACUUUAGGAGUGACAAUCAGAUAUUCUGAUAAAACUACCUAGAUACAUGUACUUCUUAUAUACGGCUGGAACAAUCAAAGAAUAUUAUAUACCAAGGGUAACAUUCUUUAUAUACAAGGACUAAAUACCCAACUUACAAGGAAAAGGCUGGACCUUUUUUUAGCAUAUAUUCAUAUAUUGUUAUACUGACAAUCUAGUCAUUAACCAUGGAGAACAUAGACCAAGCUCUGUUAGAAUCUCUCCCAAUUAACCAACGACAGAAAAUUUGUAAAAAGUUACGGCAAGAGCAGUUGAAACGAUAUGUGGAAUGGGACUCAAAACAGCCUGUUAUUGCACCAAGCAAUAAAAAGGAGAAAAAGACAAAGAAAAAAGAUAGAAAGGUUAACUUCGGAAAUGAUGUGCUGAUGUUCUGCGCUGUGGAAACAUUUGAUGAUAGAGAAGUGUUACAACUGUUGGAUAAAGGCACCAAAAUAGGCACUCACAAUGUGACUGGUUCCACAAUUUUACACAAAUGCUGUAUCGAAGACAAUAUAUCUGCACUGGAGAUUCUGCUUACACGUGGUGAUGUGGAUGUUAACAUGACAGAUGAGGACAUGUGGACGCCCCUACAUGUAGCAUCUGCGUGCGAUCAUCAUGAAAUAGCACAGCUUCUAUUGAACAAUGGCGCUGAUCCAGCCUUGAUGGAUGUUGACGGAAACUUUGCGAUCGACCACACACCUGACCAAUCAGAAAGCAGAUAUAUUUUACAAAACUACUUAGAUAACAAAGGACUUGACCAGAAAAAACUUCGAGAUCUACAACUGCAGCUUCCACGACAAAUGCUCAAUGACGUCCAGUCUCUGAUUGGUCAAAAACAAGAUUUGAAUACAACCAGUGAACAGGGAAUUACAUUGCUCCACAUAGCCAGUGCAAAUGGCUACAGAGAUGUCAUUAAAGUGUUGUUGGAGAACAAGGCCAAUGUGGAUGCACAAGAUAACACUGGAUGUACUCCUUUACAUGUAGCAGCUAAAUUCAACCAGACAAGAGUUAUAAAACUCCUGCUGAAAUACAAAGCUAAUCCACGCAUUGAAAACAAUGCUGGGGACAAAGCAUCAAAUCUGAUCAAAAAUCCUGCAGUACAACAGAUGCUUUGGAAGGUAGAGCGAAGCUAUACAGAAAGCACACAAGAUAGCACACAAUACGGCACACAAGACGGCACACAAGAUGAGGAAGAUGUGUAUAAUACAACUAGAAGAGUUAAUAGUCGUGUUAUUCGUCCUCGACAUGAUUCUCUCUCCAAAAAGGAUGAAUUAUACGAGGGGAAACUACGUCUUGAGGAAGCUGACACCGAAGAUGAAAAUGUGGAAGAAGAAGAUAUUUACUCAAUGUUGUCAUUGGCGCUCAGUGGAAAAGCUAUUGUAGAUCCAUCUAGUGAUGAUAAAGCUUUGCCUGAGUCAAGUCCCACUGAUGAUCUUGCAUCACUUAGUCACAUGACUGAAAAUCUGCUACUGACUGAGCUGCAUCAACGCUACUCACAAUCCAGAAUAUAUACCUAUGUAGGAGACAUCCUAAUUGCAGUGAAUCCUUUUACAAUGCUAUCAAUCUAUGGAAAGGAGGUGUCUGAAAAAUACAAAAAUAACCCUGAACAAUCCAAAGUUCCUCACAUAUACGCCAUUGCUCAAAACAUCUACACGUCAUUUUUACGAGAGCAACAUUCACAGUGUUGUAUUAUCUCUGGGGAGUCGGGAUCCGGGAAAACGGAGACGAGUAAAUACCUAAUACAGCAUUUGUUGGCAACGACACAGAGUGAAGAAAACCAAUUGAAUGUCAAGUUACAACAGGUGAAUCCACUACUUGAGGCAUUUGGAAAUGCUCAGACUGUCAUGAAUGAGAACUCAAGUAGAUUUGGCAAAUACAUUGAGCUGAUGUUCAGUCCUGAUGGCUUCGUACAGGGAGGCAAAAUCCAUGAAUAUUUACUUGAGAAAUCCAGGGUAGCCAAUCAUAGUGAGGGGGAGAGGAACUUCCAUAUCUUUUACCUCAUGUUCGCUGGUCUCUCCCCAGAUGAAUACCAAAAAUAUGGACUUCUGUCUUCAGACAAACACAGAUAUGUCAAUCAAGAGAAAGAUCUCAAGUCUAUGAUGACAGAGGACAAUCGACAGAGAUUUCUAGUCAUACAAGAAUGCCUUAAGUUCCUGGGCUUCAGUAAUAAUGAUUUGGACAAUCUAUUCCUGCUUCUCUCUGCUGUACUCAAUCUUGGAGAUAUUCACUUUGUCUCAGGAGGCAGGAAUGACUCAGCACAAAUCUCAAAUAUGGACCUAGUAAGAAAAGUUGCUUCCAUGCUGCAAGUGCAAGUUGGAGAGUUAGCUGGGGCUCUUGUGUCAGAGGUGACAAUAACACGGGGUGAACAAAUCAAGAAAGAGAGAAACGUGACGCAAGCUAGAGACUGCUGCGACGCCCUGGCUAAAUCCUUAUAUGGUCGUCUGUUCAGUUGGAUUGUAAAUGGCAUUAACCAGAUGAUUCAACCAUAUGAUGGUUGUGGUCCUGGCCUGGAGGUUGGCAUUUUGGACAUCUUUGGCUUUGAGGACUUCACCACCAACAGUUUUGAACAAUUAUGCAUCAAUCUUGCCAAUGAGCAGUUGCAGUGUUAUUUCAAUGACCACAUCUUUAAGCUUGAGGCCCAGGACUACACAGAUGAGGGCAUCCCAAGCUGUGACAUCACAUAUACAAACAAUCAGCCAGUUGUAGAUCUUUUUCUACAGAAACACACUGGCAUCUUCUCACUAAUGGAUGAAGAAAGUCGUUUCCCCAAGGCAACUGACAAGUCCUUAGCAACCAAACUACAUAAAGGACCAGGGGAGGCUGCACCAAGCAUCUACAUCACCCCUAAAGAUCAGGGGCUGACAUUUACUAUCUGCCACUAUGCGGGUAAAAUCAAAUACAACGUAAAAGGGAUACUGGAUAAGAACAGAGAUACACUGCCAAUGGCUAUUAUGUUCACUAUGAAAACCAGUAACAGUCUUUUGAUUAAGGAGUUAUUCCAGUCCAAAGUAAAGAGAACGGGUUCUCUUGCCCCCAGUACAAGGCAACAGCGCUCACGCAAAGCACCAGAACCAAAGUCAGCAUUUGACUUUUUCAGACGCAAGAGAAACUCACAGAAUGAAAGCAAGGUGAAGAGAAGUCGCAGAGAGAGACCAGUGAUAGGUACAGAAAGAAAGGGCCCUGCUACCAUAGCAUAUCAUUUCAAGAACUCCUUAGCAGAGCUAAUGAGCAAGAUGAACCGAAGUGUCCCUCACUUUGUGCGCUGUAUUAAGCCAAACAUGGCCAAAGUGGCUGGCAAGUAUGACCCGGAGUAUGUACUACGACAACUCCGUUAUACUGGAAUACUCGAGACUGUGCGUAUCAGGAGGGAAGGUUUCUCUAUGAGACUGCCAUUUGCUGAGUUCCUUACCAGGUACAAUGUUAUUGCCGUAUGCGCCUUACCCAUGACGAGUGAAGCGUCAGAUCUGCAACAAUGCACCCAAGCUUUGCAGUAUUGUGACAUAGAGAAAUACAAGGUGGGCAAAAGCAAGCUGUUUUUGCGGUACUGGCAUGUUGAUAAACUGGAAACAAUCUCGCGAAAGUUGGAGUCAAAGGUCAUAACGACUCAGAGAGUAUGGAAAGGCUGGAUGCAAAGAAAAAAAUUCAUGCGCAUAUUGGAUAUAAAACGACGCCAGGAUGAUUUUGUGUCACGAUUUCUUACUGCCGUGGCAACAAUGGGCGAGAAGCAUUAUGACAUCAUAAUACAAUCGAGGGAACAUGAUACUGAACGUCAACAAGCAAAGGAUGCGCCACCACCACCAGAACCAGAAGUUGAAAUGAGGACAAACCUGAAUGAUUAUAGAAAAAAUGACGACAUCAGGCGAUCAAUUGAAGCCCUGGAUAGCAUCAUUGAUGAAUAUGAUGAAGAAUCUGCGGCAACCAAUCACGAUCCAUUGUACGAUGACCCAGCACCUUAUAUGGGCAAAGAGGAAUCUGUGUCUGGCGCAGCUGAUUACUAUAACAACCCUGAUGAGAUUACGAGGAUCAGCCAAGUCUAUGUUGAACCGAUGACUCAGAAAACAACAACUUCCCCGAUAUACAACAACCCAGAUGAGAUAUCCUUGGGGUCAAGGAGCAGCCAAGUAUAUUCAGAUAUCACUGACCCUGGUUCAAUCAGAGCUAAAGUACCUCCCCCUACAGCAAGCGACGCUGCAGGUGUUAUAUCAGAAUUGUUCGCGAGACCAAAAAGUAUUGAGACGAUUCCAGAUCUUCCGCCACCCCCACCUCCAAGUAAUCUUAUACACGCUGGAAGUUUGCGAGUAUCGGGGUACCUUCCUCCACCUCCUUCUGGUUCAAUUGAAAAUGAGGCUGGUGGUGAUGGUGAAGUAUCCCAGGAUGCAACUGCACCUCCUCCACCUUCAUUUAAACCACCUCCACCAAUGAUGCAUUCUGGUCCACCACCUCCUCCACCAGUGAUGCAUGCUGGUCCACCUGCACCGCCUCCUCCACCUAUGAUACCAGCUGCUCCAGGAAACACUGAAGCAUCUAAAAGUUCAGCUCGACCCGCAGUAGCAGACCUCAACCUCACAGACAUACAAGUAAACAAAGACCCAUCUACAGCAGCAGCCCAAGGCCCAGUCAUCCCACUUGGGCCUAAGUCAGCGCCACCUUUUGUGAGCAAUAAACAGGAGAAAAGUAAGUCGAAGCCUCCCCCAGUUGCACCGAAGAGUGUUCGCCCUCGGACAAGUUCCGCCUCGAAUGAUUCAAAGCCUGUCUUUGUUACGGCGCCGUUGAAGAAACUUUCUGCCACCGUUGAUGAGGCAACGCUUCCUGCACCAGACUACGAUCAGAAUGACGACACGCCCGAGUCUGGCUAUCACACACCAGAGGGCGGUUCUGACCAAUCAGAGCCUCCACCAGUGCUUCCAGAGCGACCCGUUACAUUUGUAUCCACAGUCGACAGAUCUUUGCAACAGAUUCAACGCCAGAAUCAAAACGGUCAUAAUGAUUCCCAUAAUGCUUCACAAAGGUCAAGGGUCAUGAGUAACGACCCUUAUAGUACAACGUUGGACCAUCCAAUGUCGCCAAAUCGUCAGGAAAGCGUAUAUGAGACAUUCUUAGAAGUUAACGGACAGAAAAAUCAACAAUUUCCACCACCACCACCGAUGGCUCCAAAUCAAAUGUCACCACAAAGUCAGCUGUCUCAAAAAUUGCCACCACCCCCUCCUCCUCUGACGAGUAUGCCUUCAGGUGUAAGACCACCUCCUGGCACAAUGCCGAAACCAGCCAGGAAUUCUCAAGCUGUUCCAUCAGAUGUUCCCCCUCCCCCACCUUCCAUUGCAACAAUGCCCAGAGGUCCCAGACCAACAGCUGUACCCCCUCCCCCUGCCCCUGGGUUCAAUACAGUACCACGCCCACCCGGUGUGCCUGCCCCACCCCCACCACCCCCUCCUGGGAGUGCUCCCCCUCCCCCAGGGUCUUUACUGGCUGGAAUCAGCAACAUGAAGCUAAAGAAAACCGACCCACAGACCCAAAAACCAUCAGAUCGUCCUGGGAAGGCUCCAGAUUCUAACCCACACGGUGCACUUAUCGCUCAGAUACAAGGUGGUAUCAAGCUACGAAAAAGUCCUGGCCACAAAAGCGCAGAUGGUUCAGAGACUUCAUCAGUGACAUCAGAAGAAUCUCCACUCUCCUCAGCUGGAGGUGCAAACAAUCUUACCUCCAUUUCUGAAGAUCAACCUCCACCACCCCCACCUAUUGAUAGAAUUCCAAAACAGACUCAAGGAGAUCUUAUGGAAGAUUAUCUAGAGACACAACAAACCCAAGCCAGUACAAUGGAGAACAAUGCCCAUAAUGCCAGUAUGAAUGGAGACCUUGACGUGACGCAAGUACCAGGCUAUCAACCAAUUCCAGAUGGCGCCCCAGUAUGGCGAAAAGCUCUCCUAGAACGCAAAAAUAAAGAAGCAAUCGAAGCAUUUAGGAAAGAAAUAGAAGAAGAGCAGUCUGAGAAAGCAAAAUGGAAAAAUAUUCCUGCUUGGAAGAAAAAUUUAAUCGAAACAAAAGAAAAGAAAAAGGUGGAAGGCUCGGAAAUGGAUGCAGAUGAAAGGAGGAGGAUGGAAGAAGAGAACAGAAGACUCCAGUCUAUGCCAACAUGGAAACGAAAUCUUGUUUUGAAAAAGCGAGAUGGCUAGAUAUACCCAUGAC